AUGAUGAUCGAUAAGGAAAUGAAGAUGGAUAAGGAUGAGAUCUGUCACCCUAGUCACCCACAACACAAGCUGAAGCUCCACAACACACAAGUCCCCUUCAUCUGCGACGGUUGCAAGGAAGCCGGCAUCGGACUCAAAUACGAAUGCGAGCAGUGCGAUUUCGAGCUACACAAGACAUGCGCCGUAGCUCCUCCGGUCACCACUCAUCCCUUCAAAGAUUGUGAAUUCAAGUUGUAUGAGAGGCCACCCGGCACUGGUGGAGCGAGGGUAUGCGAUGCUUGCAGGAAUGAGGUGGAAGGAUUUGUGUACCACUGCAAACGUUGCGGUUUCGAUCUUCACCCAUGUUGUGCAAACCUCCCACAAGUACUACUAGUACUAGACAACGAUGGGGAACACAACAACAACUUGUAUUUGUGCAGCAAGCUCUCUAGAACUUGUGAUAGUUGUGGUGGUAAGAAAGGUCGUGGUGGUUGGUCUUAUAGGACUGAGUGCAAGAACUACAACUAUCAUGUGUCCUGCGUGAAGAAGAUGUUUAUGGAGAGUUGGGAAGCUAAUAAGUCGUCUACUCAUGAAGACAAUAUUGGCGAGAACAAGAAGCAGGUGAUGAUGGACUUGCAGUUGAGAAUCCCAAAAGUUUUAAAGGCACCUGCAGCUUGCAUAGUAGGCAUCAUCAGAGGGGGAAAGCUGGGAAGGUUUUGA